GGAGAGAGAGAGAGAGGAGUGCCUGGCAACUACGAAGAAGAGUGGCACCCGAGUCAAAUCUUAGGCACUAGUGAAUGCUUGAAGAGGGGGCUGCUUGCUCACGAACCUCCACUACUACUACUACUACUACUACUACUACUACUACUGGUGUGCCUGCCGCCCGUGAUAUCUGCUCCCUUAUCGUCGAGUGUCCUUGAAUUGCAUAGAAGUGGAGGAUUGUUCAUCAACGCGCGAGGUACCCCAGGGCAGUCACUCUUCCCCCGCACUCUUUCCCACCAUGUCUGACCCCUCGGAGAUCCUGGUGCUGGUGCGACGGCUGUUACUAUGGGUGGUGGUGACCGUCUACUACAUCCUGGAGGCCACGGUGCUCUGGUUCGUGCCCCGGAAGUACAAGUUCAAGGAUAUCCGCGGCAGUGUAGCGCUGGUGACGGGCGGCGGUUCGGGCAUCGGGCGACUCAUUUGCCUGAGACUGGCCGCCGAGGGAGCCACCGUGGUGACCUGGGACGUGUCGGAGGCAGGUAACUUGGAGACGGCGAAGCUGGUCCAGGCGGCGGCUGGGAAGUGUCACGCGUACACUGUUGACCUCUGUGACCGCAACGCCGUGUACGCCACCGCGGCCAAGGUCAAGGAGGAGGUGGGCAAGGUGGACAUACUGAUCAACAACGCCGGUGUGGUCACGGGCAAAAGCCUAAUGGACAGCCCCGAUGAUAGCAUUGUCAAGACCUUCGAUGUGAACGCCAUAUGCCACUUCUGGACCACUAAGGCCUUCCUCGGGGACAUGAUGGCCGCCGACAAGGGCCACAUCGUCACCAUCGCCUCCAUGGCCGGGAAGAUGGGCGGCUCGAUGGUUGUGGACUACUGCGCCUCUAAGUUCGCGGCGGUGGGCUUCCAUGAGAGUUUGCAGGCGGAGCUGAAGGUCGGCGGCAAGUUCGGCGUGAAGACGACGGUGGUUUGUCCCAUGUUGAUCAGCACUGGCAUGUUUGAGGGCAGCUACACACGAUUCUUCCCUCUUCUUGAACCGAAGUGGGUGGCUGAUGAGGUCGUGGACGCCAUUCUCAUGGACGUUUCAACCCUGUAUCUGCCUCACUACAUGUGGAUUUUGCUUCUCAAAUUGCUCAUGUUGCCGCAGAAGAGUAUUGACCACUUGGCACACGCUCUGGACAUGGGUGACCUCAUGAAGAACUUCGUGGGCAGGAGGAAGGCUGACUAGUUCCUUAACUGUACUGGCACCUACGCCCCUUCCCUUUGUCUUUGCAUCAACCCGUUUAUCCCCACUGCAAAGUCUCAACACCUUUAUCCAUUGUCAAUACUAUAAAUGAGUCACCCUUGUCAAUCCCCCUGAGUCGCCGGUGUGGAAGUAGAGUUAGAAAAGACAAAAGAGCAACUUCGUAGAGGAUUGAAGUGCAUAUUAAGUACUUUUAUAUAUGAAUCGCCCCUGCUAAUCCCUUAAGCCGCUGGCGUAGACGUAGAGUUAGAACACUUAGAAUACCAACUUGGUGAUCGAAUUUUGAAGUGCAUUGAAGAAGAGAACGUAAAAUAGCAACUUGAUAGAGGAUUGAAGUGCAUCUGAAGUACUUACACUUAAUUAAAAGGUGCUGAAUGCUUAAAUGAUGAUGAAAAUAGAUACAAAAAGCUUUAGAAUCUUUAAAAUAGUGUCCGAUUCUAUGUUAAAAGUAUUGCAACAAGUUUAAAAAUAAGCGUUAGAUGUAAAAUAGCAACUUGAUAGAGGAUUGAAGUGCAUCUGAAGUACUUACACUUAAUUAAAAGGUGCUGAAUGCUUAAAUGAUGAUGAAAAUAUAUACAAAAAGCUUUAGAAUCUUUAAAAUAGUGUCCGAUUCUCUGUUAAAAGUAUUGCAACAAGUUUAAAAAUAAGCGUUAGAUGUAAAAUAGCAACUUGAUAGAGGAUUGAAGUGCAUCUGAAGUACUUACAGUUAAUUAAAAGGUGCUGAAUGCUUAAAUGAUGAUGAAAAUAGAUACAAAAAGCUUUAGAAUCUUUAAAAUAGUGUCCGAUUCUAUGUUAAAAGUAUUGCAACAAG